ACAGGGCUGGCUGCUCUGCUGGAGUGACCAGGCUCCUCUGAGUUAACUUUGCCCUGUGUGGUUGGGCCAUUAUCCGAGCUCAGCCUCAGGUCAUUCUUGUUGCUGGAUUUGUGGAUUGUUAUAUUUUAUGUUUUACUUUGUAGCGUUUGCAAAAAAGGAAACCCAAACGGCCUGGGAGCAGGAAGUUGUAUUUAAUGGCCCAUGAUUGGAGACCUGGCAGCGUGCCAAAGGUAUCCUGUCUAGGGUCUGGACUUUCACUAGAAGAAGGUAUAAUGUGUCCAAUACAGGGUUCAGAUACUGAACAGGAGUGGUGUGGCUAUGGGCUUUUGGGUGCCUGUGACUACAUUCACAAGGGAGAGACAUUUGGCAGCAAUAGGAAAUGAGUAAUUUGGGGGUUUAGCCCAACUCAGGAAGCAGUUUGUUAGGAAUAAACGAUAGAGUUAAAACACUGGUCAGCUGAUUCCUCGACCAUGCCUAGACCUGCGGAGGACAUGGGUUUCCUUCUGCCAUAUGGGUGCCAGUGCUGUGUGGAGUGGGGGAGGGACCAUGUUCUGAGCCCAGUGGGAAAGAGACAGGACUCAGGGACUGGGUGGCCGGAGUGGCCAAGAGAUGACUACAGUAGUCUCACCAUUUUAGUGACUGUCUUCUUUGGAUUCUAAUUUUAAGUUGUGUUUAAUAACGUGCUUGUGAAGCUUCAGGCAGCACGCAAUGGAAACUGCAGGAGGAGUGGAGUUGAUUGUUGAGCAUCUUAUUGGGAGCCUUUGGAACCAAGUAGCCCCCCAGGUGGAGAAACUGGAGGCUUGUCGUCAUGGCUUUACUGUAGGCAGCGAAGUUCCCUGGCACAAGCCAGGAGUGUCACAGUGAAGGAAACAGACCAGGAGGGAUGAAGUCACCUCACCGAGACCCAGGGAAGUUCAUGGCAAGGGUGCGGUUGGAGGGCUCACAACCAGGUAAAAGAAGUUUGUGGUAUAAAUUGGAUUAGACCGAAAUAAGUGAAGGUAGACGAGGAAACGUCUAGUCUGCAAAGGUAGAUUCCUGUCAGCUAGGUCAUCUCUACUUCCUUCUUGAGGUCACAGGACAGCCUGGAUCCAAGCAGUUGCACAGUCCGCGGAGGCCUGGAAUAAUACUUCAUGAGGUCAGCAAGAGGAAAUUUUACUGGAUGUCUCUGCCGUGUCAGGGCCAGGAAUUUGCUGAUGAUAAUUAUCAGUCUGGUGAUGGCUUUGUUUCCGUGUCCCUUAAACUAAGGUGCACAAAAAGAACUUCUAGCUGCCAUUUUGCCUCUUUCCUAAUUGUGCUCGCAUGCAUCCAUCUGUGUGUGCUCCCUACUGUAUUCAUGUUUUGCUAAGGAUGGCAGUUGUGCACUCACCAAACUUGGCCUGUUGUGUAGCAGGACCAUUGGUUACAAGAUGAACAAGAGACAAAAUCGUCAUCCUAGUGAGACUUGAACAACUCUCUGUGUGAAAGUGGAUGCUUUCAGACAAAAUCCUUCUGUUGCCUCCCUGAUCCUUACACCUUCCCUGGCAGCCACAUAUCAAGGUGAUACACACUUGCCAAGCUGUGUAUCAGGCAUCAGAUGCCUUUCCCUCCCCUUUCUCUCCUUUUUCAGGUUGGGUUCUCAGCACCUCUCACCUCAUAUUGCUUCAUCUUUUUAACUGGUUUCUUGGCUUCCAUUUCUUCAUUGUCCUGUAUCCCACACGUUCGGCACCUGAAAGAAAGGUUGUGAUCUUAUCAUUAUCCUUUGGAUGUCACCCUUAGUCACAGAAUUAUUGCCAGUCAUUGUAAUAGCAAACAGUUGCUUCAGUGUCACCCUUAGUCACAGAAUUGCUACCGGUCAUUGUUAAUAGUUAACAGUUGCUGUAUGUUUUCUUAUAAUCCGGGCACCGGAUAUUGAUUUGCUCAUUUCUAACUUCAGCCUUAGGAUAGACACUGUUGAUCAUCACCUUUUUACCCACGUGGAAAGGAGUGUGUCCAGGAAACAAGUUAGUCAAGAUUAGAACCGGCAUCUGAACCUAGUCGUCUGGUUCCACACUUCUUUCUUAAAUCCUCUGCCUCUCUGAGCAGAAGGCACAUGCAACCUGCUGGGGAUGCUGAGGUCUCAGCUCACCUUUUUCCCAGCAGUGUUUCCCCAUACUCACACAUUCAGGCCAUCUUCUGCUUAUCAAGAUAAAGAAAUUGAGGUUCUAGGAAGGUACAUGAUCCAUCCAAGGCAUAGAAUUAAGAAGUGCUUCAAGAGUAACACUCAGUCCUUCUGUCCACAAACCCCUUCCCUAUUCUACCUCCUACAUCACCGUUUGGUAGAGCACCUGAAAUGUGGAAUGGGUUGUCCUGGAAAGACGUACUGACUCAUCAUUAACAUACUGAAAAAGAAACCAAAGAGUGGUUAUAUAUUCAGUCAGUAUGUAUUGAUGCUCUGUGAGAUGUAAGUGAAGUGCUGUGACUCUAAGAUAGUGUCACUUCCCUGAAGGUUCCAGUGGGUUGGUUAGGAAGAUGCUGUGUAGGAUGCUUGCGUUGAUGGCCUUUAAGAAUCAUGUUUGGCAUGUUGUUGAUGGCCUCAAGGUGGUCAUUGAUGUCUGACUGCUUGGCGUACCAUCCUCAACAUCAGAAGUGGUUCACCUGAGGUGGUAAUCUGGUGGCUCCUUGUGGUUCCUCACUGAGCAUCCUUUAUUGAAAUGAGGAUGGAGAGAAGCAAAAUGUCGGUCACAUCUAAAUGUGCCUGUGAAAGGUUUACUAUGUUUUGGAACGAUGAAAAUAAAUGCAGAGGCUUUGGGACAUUCUUCAGUGUAAUAAAUUAUAUUUUAAAUUAAAAAGUAGAUUUGUGCCAUCUUGUAGAGUAGAUGCAAAUGAUUCUGAAUCCUGUUGUUGGACAAUGGGAACUUUUCCUCAUGUAAUUGUAUUUAUCUAUUUUGGGACAGAGUUUCAUCAUGUAGCUGUAACUGGCCUGUUAUUCAAUGUGUAGCCCAGGCUAUCCCAGAACUCCCAGAAAUCUUUCUGUGUCAGCCUCCUGAGUACUGGCAUUUAUGGGCAUGCACCACAGUACCUUCCUAGAUGGGAACUUUGGACAAGAAACAUUUUUAUAUACGUUUGGUUUUCCCGUUUAUUUAUUCAGUCACAAUAUGUUUCACGUGGAGAGUUUCUUCCGGAUCGUUCUCUCCAACACUAUCAUCUCUUGCUUCAACUUUCUCUGUUUUAAUCUCCUUAUUUCUUUUUUUCUACCCAUGUUGUAGUGGUAAUAACUUAGCAGCAUACAAUGUGCAAUGUGCAAAAUACCAUCACACGUAUGUCUUCAUCUACUCCUUCAAACAAAUCUGGAAGCCAUGGGCUUCCUCUCUUACCACACAGGUAGAAAUGAGAAACUGAGUCAGAGAAAACCUUGUGAGUAGUAACUGGCAUGAGCUAGUCUGCUUGGAUAAAAUCAUUAUCAAAUAUGCAGCUUGCUGGGAGGCCAGAACACAUCCUCUUUCUGAAGGCCGAGCAAAAUCAGGUGAAGGCUGCCCUGUGGCGUCAUGAGAAGAGCGUGGACUUUGGAGGUAGGCAGUCCUGAGUUCAGACCUCAGCUCUGCUCCAUUCUCAUUCAUUCUGUCAUUCAUGGGAGUCAUGUGCUGCUGCCUUUGCGGGCCGUGGCGAGUGAAGGAGAUGAUUGCUGCUUCCCUGAAUAAGCUUCCUGAGCAUGAGCUGGAUUCACUGAUGAGAAUAAACCCCCUAGAUGAUAAAGAGAUGUUGAGGGGUAUAAAAUACUAUGAAGAAAAUCAAGCAGGGGGAAGGGAGGGAGAGAGUAGGAGAAGGCUCAGCAGGAAAGGGGACUUCUGGGGAAAGCAAAAGAACUGAGUUCAAAUCCCCAGCACCUAUUUAAAAAAAUCUGGCCAUGGCUACAUAGGCCUAGAACCUCCAUGCUGAUCCUGUCCUGUGUGUUCUUCAGCACUACAUGUUUACCUGUUGCUGAGGCUGCUGGUCCAAAGACUGUUCAUUCAGAACCACUCAUGUCUAGGGACAGUCUGCCAUGGCACUUGUGGGCUUUCUGAUAUUGAGAGGUACCGUCAGAGGCAGAAGAGUCUUCGGGAGACAGGAAUGCUAUAAACAGGUGAAAACAAGGGAAGUGACCACUGAAGACAAAAUCAAUGUCUGUCAGAAGACUGACUGUCCCUGAUGAUUGGGAUAGUGAGCCCCUGCAAGUGAGUGUGGUCUUCUGAGCUGUUCUCAUAGAUUCUCUAAGAAGAAGAGCCAUAGACUCUUAGAAGAUCUUUCCCAGGGAUCUAUAGUCAUGUCUCACAGCAGCUUUGGACUGCAUUACCAUGGCAAUAGUCAACAGCAUGGCCUAUAGACUGAGUCUGGCACACAGAGGUCACAACUUUGGUUUAGGCAGAUGUCAGACUGAAAAGCUCUCUCUGAUGACUUAGUGGGUUAUCUCUGCAUACUGGCCUCAGAGAAGGGACUACACUGGUGUGUACUAGACCUUGGCUGUGCCUCAGCUGGAUGAGGAGCCAAACUUCAUUUCCCAGCGAUGGCUCUUACUGGUGCUGCUGACCUCACGAAGUGUUUCAGGCCCGAGAGGACAGUGAAACUGCAUUGAUCCAGGCUGCACUGUGGGCUGAAGAAGGAAGCAGAGGUGACCUUCGCAGACAGGAGUCUCUGCUGACUUCAGACUUCCUCUACCGUCCUGUAGCUGGAUCUAAUCCAACUCGGGCCACAAACUUCUUUUACUGCAGCAUGAUGGGUCUAAUCUGCCUUCUCCUCCUACCCUUCUGGCUCCUGGUGUGAUUGGAUCAGACUGCUUCCAGAUUCAGGGAACUCACUGAACUGUAGCUUACGAGCAAGCAGGGCCAGCUUAUCUACAAGCUGGACACCUGUUAUCCCCCAAGAUACAGAGGCCACUUUUCUCUUCUCUUUCACCUCCUGCAAGUGUGCAGAGACAGGCGACAGACUUUCUUCUCUCUCUGGCCAACUGGACUUUAUGAGUAUAAAGUGUUUGGUGUUCUGGAAGGUUGUUCGCCAGCUCUACUCGCCGAUGUGUACAUGGACUUGGACUACAGGAAAAAAUGGGACCAAUAUGUAAAAGAACUCUAUGAAAAGGAAUGUGAUGGACAGAUGGUAGCCUACUGGGAAGUGAAGUACCCCUUCCCUUUGUCCAACAGAGAUUAUGUCUACAUCCGCCAGCGGCGAGACCUGGAUGUGGACGGGAGGAAGAUCUACGUGGUCCUGGCCCAGAGCAUCUCUGUACCUCAGUUUCCUGAGAAGUCUGGGGUGAUCCGAGUGACGCAGUACAAGCAGAGCCUGGCGAUUGAGAGCGAUAGCAAGAAGGGGAGCCGAGUUUUCAUGUACUACUUUGAUAACCCGGGUGGCCAAAUUCCGUCCUGGCUCAUUAACUGGGCAGCCAAGAAUGGCGUUCCAAACUUUUUGAAAGACAUGGUGAAGGCUUGUCAGAAUCACCCCAAGAAAACCUAACAAGGAGGAUGGGAGCCCAGCAUCCAUGAGUAAUAUCUCUGGAUGUGUUCCAAACGAUGCUCAGCCUUCCCUCCACACUCUCCCAUCUUCAGAGGUCGACGUGGAUCCCUGGAGUGCUUGCCUGUUGCCUGGCUCAUUUGCUGCCUUCGUUCACACCGGUUCUACUCAGGGCCCACUGCCUUCUUCCACUAUUGAAAGGGUGGCCUCUGCUUCUUUGUUUUUAAUUAGGGAAAUCCUCAGCAGGGAAGAAAAGCAUUCUGUUGUACCAUUUUAGGGGGAUGAGUGAGAGGAGGAAGGACAUCAAAACACGAGAGUGACCCUUCCUGGCAAGCAGGCUCUCUUCAAUACUCUUUUGUGCGACUCAAGAGUGGCUGCUGGAGAUGGCCUUUGGCCCAUAGUUGACCUUCCGUGUUCCAAACCUUGGGGACACAGUGAUGUCCGUUCUCUUUAUGCUUUGCUGACUGGGAUAGAUUGGGAUUUGAGGCAACAAGCAAGUAUUCCUACUUGUGCAGGAUCACGGGCUGCUGUGAUAUCAGACCACUGUGAGCGUCCCAGGCCUGACUGAGCACAUGUUGAGAUGACCACAUUUCCCUAAUUGCCCACAUAUGGACUUUUCCUUUCCCAUAAGCCACUGGGAAAACGCUGCCUGUAACCUCUGUGUACUUGACUGCAAGCCCAAGGCUUCCAGAACAAAGAUAGCUGGAGCACAGCACUAUGAUUGUGUCUUGCUAAGCAGUAAGGUAACUUUUUCUUCUAGAAUGUUUAGAGAUGUUGAAGGGUCAAUAACAGUUUACAACCAAGGCAAAUUGAAGUAGUGGUCUGCUGUGCCCUUUGCCUUUUUUUUUUUGGAAUUCUACCUCUCCAAAACAAGGACCCGUGGAGCCCUAGUUUUAUCCUGAAUUUUUGUAGGAAAAUAUAUUCUGUGGCUAAGACACAGUCUCGGUGAUCUCAGGGAAAAGCUUUAAUCGGUCUGUGCAAACCUUGAUGAACAGAUAUGGAAACUCAGGAUUCAAACAAAGCCAGAAGAAAGGGAUUAUUAAAGUGGUCUUCCUUAAAGUGUGUGUUCUCUCUGGGAGGAAAGGUGUGUUCUAUGAAUAAACAAAUAAAUAAACAAAUGAAUAAAUAAAACA